AUGGGGCGCGAGGAUCGGCUGGAAUAAGAAACAAUUCCCAACACUUUUACAAACUUUCUCAACUCAGUCGCCGGAUAUGGAUACCCUCAUUUUGAGCAUAUUAUUCCUGCAGACUGCGUUUGGAAGAGCAGGAGCCCAGUACACACCCGGUGGCUGCACCUUUGAUGAUGGCCCAGCUCAAUGUGACUACCAGCAGGAUCCUUAUGAUGACUUCGACUGGACACAUGUCAGUGCUCAGGAAGUCCCGUAUCUGCCCUCUGACCUUCCGCAGGGCUCGUAUAUGAUGGUGGACACCUCUCAGCAUGAUUAUGGAGAAAAGGCUCGUCUGCAGCUGCCUGUGAUGAAGGAAAACGACACGCACUGCAUUGACUUUAACUAUCUUCUUUAUUGUCCGGAUGGCUCCAGCCCGGGAACGCUCAACAUCCUGGUGAAGGUCAAUAAAGGGCCGCUUUCCAACCCCAUCUGGAACGUCACUAACUGCAUAGGCAAGGGCUGGAUGAAGGCAGAGCUCGCCGUCAGCACCUUCUGGCCCAAUGAAUAUCAGGUCGUAUUCGAAGCAGAGGUGACUAAUGGCAGAAGAGGUUUUAUUGCCAUUGAUGACAUUCAGGUGCUCAGUUAUCCAUGUGAUAAAUCUCCUCAUUUCCUGCGUUUGGGGGAUGUGGAGGUUAACGCCGGGCAGAACGCCACCUUCCAGUGCAUCGCCACUGUCCGUGAUGCUGUCAACAACAAACUCUGGCUGCAGCGGCGUAAUGGAGAGGACAUUCCAGUGGCAGAGAAGAAAAAUAUCAACCACAGGAAGUUUGCAGCCUCCUUCCGACUCAGAGAGGUGACCAGUCAGGACCAAGACCUGUACCGAUGUGUCACCCAAUCAGAGAGAGGAUCUGGGGUGUCCAACUUUGCUGGACUCAUUGUCAGAGAGCCACCGAGACCCAUCGCCCCACCACAGCUGCUGGGUGUCGGCCCGACAUACCUGCUGAUCCAGCUGAAUGCUAACUCUAUAUUUGGGGACGGGCCCAUUGUUCUGAAGGAGGUGGAGUACAGGAUGACAUCUGGAAGCUGGACGGAAACCCAUGCUGUCAACUCGCCCAAUUACAAGCUCUGGCACCUGGACCCGGACACUGAGUAUGAGAUUCGAGUGCUGCUAACCCGGCCGGGUGAGGGGGGAACCGGACAACCCGGGCCUGCUCUCAUCACCAGAACCAAGUGUGCAGAGCCCAUGCGGACCCCCAAGAACCUGAAGAUUGCUGAGACUCAGGCGCGCUUCAUUGCCGUGGACUGGGAGUCACUGGGCUACAACAUCACCCGCUGCCACACAUUCAACGUGACCAUCUGCUAUCACUACCACAAAGCCAACCAGAGCAAAGCUGACUGCCUGGAGAUGGACCCAAAAGCCCCCCGACACGUGGUGGGAAACUUGCCUCCCAACACCAACGUAAGCCUGAAGAUGAUACUCACCAACCCAGAGGGACGCAAAGAGAGUGACGAGACCAUUAUACAAACAGAGGAAGACGUGCCUGGUCCAGUUCCCAAAGAGUUUGUGAGGGCGACUCCAUCUGAGGAUAAGAUCUCACUGCAGUGGAAAGAGCCCCUGGAGCCCAACGGCAUUAUAACCCAGUAUGAGAUCAGCUACAGUAGCGUGCAUUCCUUUGAUCCAUCAGUGCCGUUACUGCGGCCGCCUGUGCUCGUGUCUUUACCGUGGAACACCUCUCGACACAACUUCACACAGUUGCACCCUGGAACCACCUACCAGUUCCUGAUCCGGGCCAGCACCGGCAAGGGUUACGGAGCCCCCAGCACACUCAAUGUGACCACCAACAUAUCAGCACCUACUCUAGAGGAGUAUGACGGGUCAGAGGCGUCCCUGAACGAGACGGCCACAACCAUCACCGUCCUACUGAAACCAGCCCAGGCUAAAGGAGCUCCCAUCAGUGCCUAUCAGAUCGUAGUGAAGGAGAUCAAUCCACACCGUGCACGACGGGAGGCAGGCAGUGGGGAGUGUUAUCGCAAGCCUGUGUCCUAUCAGAACGCCGCAAGUGCCGGGUUGCCGUAUUAUUUUGCAGCAGAACUCCCGCCAAGGAAUCUUCCGGAACCGUUGCCAUUUACGGUGGGAGACAACAAGACAUAUCAGGGGUACUGGAACGCUCCCCUCGCACCCCGGAAAAACUACAACAUCUACUUCCAGGCCGUUAGCAGCGUGGAGAAGGAAAGUAAAACGCAAUGUUUGAAACUGGCAUUUAAAGGGGCCACCGAGGAGCCGGAAGUGAUUCCAGACCCUGCCAAACAGACCGACCAAGUGGUGAAAAUCGCUGGCAUCAGUGCUGCUGUUCUGGUCUUUAUACUCCUGGUGCUUGUGGCCAUCCUUCUGGUGAAGAAAAGGAGGAGCUACUAUUCGUACUCAUAUUACCUGAAGCUUGCCAAGAAGCGCAAGGAUGCCAUCGGAAACACCCGUCAGGAGAUGACGCACAUGGUGAACUCCAUGGAUCGCAGUUAUGCAGACCAAAGCACUCUGCACGCUGAGGAGCCCAUGUCCGUCACAUUCAUGGACUCCCACAACUUCAGUAACCGCUUGCCUAAUGACCCCCUUGUGCCAACUGCUGUUUUAGAUGAGAACCACACCGCUGCAGCAGAGAACAGCAGACUGCUGGACAUCCCGCGGUAUCACUGCGAGGGCACGGAGUCACCCUACCAGACCGGACAGCUGCAUCCUGCCAUACGGGUGGCCGACUUGCUGCAGCACAUUAAUCUCAUGAAAACUUCAGACAGUUACGGCUUCAAAGAGGAGUAUGAGAGCUUUUUUGAGGGUCAGUCUGCUUCAUGGGAUGCAGCAAAGAAAGAGCAAAACCGAACGAAGAAUCGCUACGGAAACAUCAUUGCAUACGAUCAUUCUCGAGUGAUCCUGCAGCCAAUGGAAGACGACCCCUCCUCCGACUACAUAAAUGCCAACUACAUUGAUGUAAGUGGCGAUGCCGCCUCCUCCUCCAUUGGCGAACGUGUGAGAACCGUCUCUCCCUCCCUCAUUUGGCUGUACAGGGAUGGAUACCAAAGACCCAGCCAUUACAUAGCAACUCAAGGUCCUGUCCACGAGACGGUGUAUGACUUCUGGAGGAUGAUCUGGCAAGAACAAUCGGCCUGUAUCGUCAUGGUAACCAACCUUGUGGAGGUGGGCCGGGUAAAAUGCUACAAGUACUGGCCAGAUGACGCUGAAGUUUAUGGAGACUUCAAAGUGACGUUUGUGGAGGUGGAACCACUUGCAGAAUACGUUGUCAGGACUUUCACUCUAGAGAGGAGGGGUUUUAAUGAGUUGAGAGAGGUAAAGCAGUUUCAUUUCACCGGCUGGCCUGAUCAUGGAGUACCGUAUCACGCUACUGGACUGCUGUCAUUUAUCCGUCGAGUCAAGAUGUCCAACCCUCCCACAGCAGGGCCUAUCGUCGUACACUGCAGUGCUGGAGCCGGCCGGACAGGAUGUUAUAUCGUGAUUGACAUCAUGUUGGACAUGGCGGAGAGAGAGGGUGUGGUGGACAUCUAUAACUGUGUCAAAGCUCUGCGCUCCAGACGAAUCAACAUGGUGCAGACCGAGGAACAGUACAUUUUCAUCCACGAUGCCAUUCUGGAGGCAUGUUUGUGCGGGGAGACGGCGAUUCCCAUUUGCGAGUUCAAAGCCGCGUACUACGACAUGAUCCGCAUCGACUCUCAGAGCAACUCCUCUCACCUCAAAGAUGAAUUCCAGACGCUGAACUCUGUGACCCCUCAGCCCCAGCCUGAAGAUUGCAGCAUCGCUCUGCUUCCGCGAAAUCAUGACAAGAACCGUUUCAUGGACAACCUCCCUCCAGACCGCUGCCUGCCUUUCCUCAUCACCAUAGAUGGAGAGAGCAGUAACUACAUCAAUGCAGCACUCAUGGACAGCUACAGGCAGCCGGCCGCAUUCAUCGUGACGCAGCACCCGUUACCCAACACAGUGAAGGACUUCUGGAGGCUGGUGUAUGACUACGGCUGCACCUCCAUCGUCAUGCUGAACGAGAUCGAUCUGGCACAGGGUUGUCCUCAGUACUGGCCAGAGGAGGGGAUGCUCAGAUACGGCCCUGUACAGGUAGACUGCAUAUCCUGUUCCAUGGACUGUGACGUCAUUAGUCGUCUUUUCAGGAUAUGCAACCUGACCAGGCCUCAGGAAGGUUACCUGAUGGUACGUCAGUUCCAGUACCUGGGAUGGGUGGGACAUAGGGAAGUCCCUGCCUCCAAGCGCUCCUUCCUCAAACUGAUCCUCCAGGUUGACAAAUGGCAGGAGGAAUGCGAGGAAGGGGACGGACGGACAAUAAUACACUGCCUGAAUGGAGGAGGUCGCAGUGGCAUGUUCUGUUCCAUCAGUAUCGUGUGUGAAAUGAUAAAGCGUCAGAAUGUGGUGGACGUCUUUCAUGCUGUGAAGAGUCUGAGGAACAGCAAGCCCAAUAUGGUGGACAGCCCGGAGCAGUACCGUUUUUGUUACGAUCUGGCCCUCGAGUAUAUCGAGACGUCAUAAUGCAGAUAUUGUCUCAUAUGUAUUAUCUCUGUGUCUGAGCAACACACACUCAGCUGACUGUGUUGAAGCAUUAUUUUACAUGGAAACUGGUUUGAGUGCUGUGUAAAUGUUUCCAUUUGUAAUUCCGCUGUGUCGAGUUUUACAGGGUUCAAGUGCCGGCCAAUUGGUCGAGAAUUUUUUUUUUUUUUACACAUUGUUUUAUUUUUCUAGUCUGAAUGUGCAACUAUUGUAAACACUAAGGCCGAGCUGUUGCAUGCUGAAAACGCUCUUUAUAUAUAUAUAUAUAUAUAUAUAUAUAUAUAUAUAUAUAUAUAUAUAUAUAUAUAUAUAUAUAUAUUAUUUUUUUUUUUGUCUAUCACUGUUCCUGUUAAUAAACAUAGAUAUCAGUACUUGUGUAGAUGGACAUUGUUUUGAAAGAAGAAAAAAACACAACUUUAUCCAUAGAUCAUGUGCUGGCAUGUAACUUUGGCUCGGGAUGUUUGCAUUAAGCAUUAAUGGCUGGCUUAAUAUGUUUAUUAUUUCUCUUUUUUUUUUUGUUUCUUUUUUUUUUUUUUUUUGUAGCAGAUGAUGCCCAUAAGCCAAAGACUUGUGUAAAUAUGUCUAUAGGGUUGAAGCACAUUGUUUGUAUUUAUUGUUUACUUGCAUUUCAGAAAGCUCAAAACAAUCAUUAUCAUUCCCUGUUUAACCUAAAUUUACCCUGUAAACACUCUUUGUAGAAUUUAAUGUAUGAGACAGAUUUAAGUAGUAUUAUUAUUAUUUUUUUUUUUUUUUUUAUUAUUUUUUUUUUUUGUUUUUUUGUAUGCAAAUUGUAUCUUCUUUUUUAUUAUUAUUAUUUGUAAUCUUUUACGUGUUAAUGUGGUUUGUUUUACGUAACUGAUUGUGAAUGAUUCUUUACUGAAGAGAUCUCCCAGAGAGAGUCUGGAGUAAAAGAAGAGUUCUAAUUUUUCUGAUGUUUUCACAUUUGUAUUGUGCUAAAAAAAAAUAACAACAACAACAACAACAACAACAACAAAAAAAACACAUUCAAUGAAGUGUAUGCAUUAAAAAUAUAUACAGUAUUAGAUUCUAGUGUAUUUAGGAUCAAAGCCAAUUUAAGAAGAAUCUUGCAGCCAGUAUUGAUGCUGGAGCUGAAUGGACAUUUUUAGAAAAGAAAACAAAAUUCAACAUGUAAAAUAAGUUAUGUAUUUUUCGUCUAUAGUUGUUGGCUUUAUGGCUGUAAUACAAUGUCAAAUAGUAAAAAUACUUUGAAUAAAAAAAAGAUGAUAAAGAAUGUGUUUCCUCCAGUU